AAUCGAGGCAAUGACAAGCAGUCGAUGAUCAAUGCAAAAAUGGCGCUCGCCGAGGUUUGUGGUAUCAACUCCUCCGUUGAUUUCGGUUAUUCACGAGAAAAUGAGAAAAUCGCUGGCGAAAUCGAGGCAUAUACCAGAAAUUUUACCAACAAUCUGCAACUGGCAGUGCCGCCGUUCGUAAACCCAGCUGAAACUCUUGGCCGUAUAGCUCAAGGUACUGAUGAAACGGGGAAGAGUUUAAAAAUCAAGUUUGAUCAUGGAACUACAACUUUGGGUUUUCAAUAUCAAGGUGGUAUUGUUCUGGCAGUGGAUUCACGUGCAACUGGAGGACAGUUCAUUGGUUCAUCCACCAUGAAGAAGAUAGUAGAAAUCAACGAUUAUCUUCUUGGGACUCUUGCUGGUGGCGCUGCUGAUUGCGUCUACUGGGAUCGAGUCUUAGCAAGACAGUGUCGCAUGUACGAACUUAGAAAUAGAGAGCGUAUCUCUAUUGCGGCAGCAAGCAAACUUUUAUCGAACAUGAUUUAUAAUUUCAAAGGAAUGGGCCUGAGUAUCGGUAUGAUGUUGGCUGGAUGGGACAAACGCGGUCCUGGACUUUAUUACGUUGAUUCCGAGGGCACUCGUACUCCUGGAAAAGUUUUCAGCGUGGGCUCUGGAUCCGUAUUUGCAUUUGGUGUUCUGGAUUCAGGUUAUCGAUGGGAUUUAACUGAUGAACAAGCUUAUGAACUUGGAAGAAGGUCGAUUUAUCACGCUACACACAGAGAUGCUUAUUCUGGCGGUAUUAUAAGAGUUUAUCAUAUGAAAUCAACCGGCUGGGUGCAUAUUUCAGAUCAAGAUUCCAAGGACUUGCAUUAUAUGUAUCGUGCUGAAAAACCAAUAGAACCAACACCGAGCACUUCCUCCUAGAUUUAAUUAUCAAAUACACACUGUGCAGGCUAAUCAUUUAUGAAAUAAAACGAAAUGGUUUCUAUAUGUAUAAUUUAUGAUAAAUCGUCGUGUUGAUUUCAACACUUCCA